AUGUUACUACUGCUGUCACUUAUAUUCUAUUAUCAGCUGAUUGUAUCCAUAAAUGCGGAGUUUCAUGAGACUACGGAAGCGUUUGUGAUUUCUGAAGACGCACCUGCUGGUGCAAAAGUUGGACGCGUACAGUUAACCCCAGGGUUCAACUAUAAGGUUUCUGGUUUGAAUCAACACUUUGAUUUCGAUACAGCUACAGGAUGGAUCACUGUCCACAAGCCAGUGGAUCGCGAAAGUUGUAAUGGUAGCGUGGAUCUACUGCUUGUUGCAACCCCACCUUCUAUUAUUCAUAUCUCAAUUACCGUACUCGACGUAAAUGAUAAUGCCCCGGAAUUUCCGGUUCCGUUCCAGAACGUCUCCUUAGUCGAGUCAAGCUCUAUCAGUACAAGAAUUCCCUUGCUACCAGCUACGGAUCGUGAUGCCGGGUCGAAUGGUACGAUUGUCAAAUACAGCAUCGAGAACGCUGUAGACGAGUUCGGUUUGAUCUACGAUAGCCCGGGAUUACUGUACCUGGAAGUGCGUCGAACGCUGGAUCGUGAAUCAAAACAAUUGGUUGUGAUGAAUAUCUCAGCACAGGACGGAGGGAAUCCUACAAGAACCGGAUAUACUACCGUGUACGUUGAAAUUCUUGAUGUCAACGAUAACGCCCCCACAUUUUCCACUCGAGAAUUGGAAACAAAGUGGAACGGUCUUGCCGCUACUCCUGUCAUUACUCUGGAUGCUACGGACGUGGAUCAUGGUCACAAUGGCGAGAUCACCUAUAGCAUACCUGUUGGCUCGGAUUCAGAGCACUUCAGGAUUGAAGGGAAUCAAGUGUUUGCUCAGAAGGACAAUCCAGCCUGUUGUGCGUCGUUACCGUGCUCCACUUGCUUCAUCUCAGUAAAAGCAGCAGAUCGAGGAAUACCACCACUGGAGAGCACAGCGCUUGUCAAAAUACUUCUGACAACUGAAAAUCUCCAUGAUCCGCAGAUCACAAUAAGACUUCACCCUUCAACCGUUGAUUUCGCCCUCGUCGAAAUUGGUGCAAUCGCAGGUAAAACGAUAGCUGUGCUCACUGUAACCGAUGAAGAUGGGCCUGUGCUAGAUUCAUCACCAGUAUCGAUCGAAUCCGGAAAUGAAGAUGGAAUGUUCGAGUUGAACAUCCAAAAACAUUUCUCGAUAUUGAAGUUGGCAAAAAAUGCCAACAGCACCGGUCGAUCGGAGUUCAAUCUUCAGUUUUUGGCAACGGAUGGACAAGUUCCUGAGCGAAAAACUAGAAGAAUGCUGAAGGUUUAUAACGAAGCAAAACUGGUGUCAUCACCAGUUGCAGUAGAACGAGACCUCAGCGCAUCUAUUCCGGAAAACUCCCCCAUCGGCAGUUUUGUAGCUCAGGUGCAUUCAAACUCGUCCGAAUGUCGGUUCUCGUUAAGUAGUGGAUCAUCCCCGUUUGACGUAGAUGAAAUCAGUGGAAUCAUCGUCACAACAGCUCUCCUAGACGUAAACAAUCAAUCCGUUUACACUCUGGAAGUAAUGGUACAACUACCCCCACCCAGUAUCCAAUCAAUAAUUUCAACUGUUGCGGUGAAAAUCACAGAUGUGAAUGAUCACUCGCCUUACUUCGUUGAUCUACCAGAUCAGCUAUUGAUUUCUGAAGACGUGGUGGUCGGAAGCACAGUUCUGACUGUAAAAGCUGGUGACAAAGAUCGCGGAGAGAAUGCACGCAUUUAUUAUCGAUUGACGGGUGAUCAGGCGUCCGAAUACUUGACAAUCGAUAAACCCUCAGGGAGGAUGACAUUAACAAAAGCAGUGGAUUUCGAGAAGAUCCGGCAGUUCGAUAUGCAAAUCGAAGCAUGUGACCAUGGAACGCCAAAAUUGUGCACAACAGCUUAUUUGCCCGUCCUAGUUCAGGAUGUGAACGACAAUUCACCCGAAUUCGUCUGUUCAACAGCGCACAACAUCUUGCCAAAAAACUCUGCCAUUGGGACUAUAGUUUCUGUAGUAUCCGCGGUUGAUCGCGACUCCGGUGCAGCCGGGCGAGUUCACUACGCCCUAUUGGACGCAAUCACUGGGUUUUCGAUCGAUAGAUCAACAGGAGUGAUAAGGACAACGGAAUUGUUGCACGAAAACGAGUACAAGAUUCGAGUAGGAGCUAUGGAUGGGAACGGUGUCAUGUCUGUUAACAAUGCUACUGUAACCCUGUUCGUCACCGAAGGUACCCCUCUGAAAUGGACGCGCGGUCCUGACACGAUCAAUGUUGAGAGUUCUGCUGUCAUUGGUGAUGUGCUGGCUAAGUAUGAAACGAGCACUCAAUCGUCUCUACAAAUAAAGUCACCGAUUUUAUCGAUCGACAAUCAAGACAGACUAACGCUGAAAUCAUCGAUACCUACUGAUACUGAUCAAUUCAACGCUGUCUUAAUUGCUGUGUUAGAUGGCCUCUCCAUAAGCAAAUGCAUACUACUGCGGGUCGAUCCUGGAGUGUUGAGCGAGUUUAAAACCGAUUGUCGUUGGUUACGUAUCGAUUCCGACGGAAUUAUCUCUGUUAAAGAAUUGAUCGACAAGUCGAUCGACAGUGUCCAGUGCGCCGUAGAGGCUUGGGACGCCCGAGGCAGAAGUGAUAUGCUUAAAAUUCAUAUAACAAUGGAUACUCCGGAGAAGCCGCUUCAACUGAAUGUCACUCAUAACCUUCAUGUGAAGGAGAGAACUCGGCCAGGAACAGUACUUACGACAUUGGGCACAGAUGCAGCCUACGUGUUUAGAGCAGAUUUAGACGCACCUGUUGGGGUCUUUCCGGACGGUACCGUAUACCUCCGGCGGGAGAUUGUCUUGGACUCUACCAAUGUCAUCACUGUCCCCGUUACUGCAACGCAUAGGGUUCAUAAUAACACCUAUAACACGAUCGUACGUGUGUUUGUCGAUGACAUUAAUGACCACUCCCCUAGCUGUCCUACACAGACGCAUCUCCGAAUAAAGGAGAAUGCUAAGAUUGGUACUACUGUAGGAUUUUUGCACGCUCAGGACGAGGAUAUCGGAUUAAGCGGUGUGGUGGGAUACAAGCUGCUGAAUAGCCAUGACUUCUUGCGCGUCGGAAUCGCUACUGGCAGGGUGACUUCUGCUACUGUAUUUGACGCUGAGACUAUGACUCGGAUUGAUUUCAAAUACGAAGUGUUUGAUCACGGAUCGCCCACAAACUCUGCGAUUUGCAACGCCACUGUAUUUAUAAUGGACAUAAACGAUCAUGAGCCUGUAUUCGAACAACUUUUCUACACGGCUAAGGUCGAUGUGAAUGAAAUAACGGAUAAUCGGACUGUUACUAAAGUUACCGCAAAUGAUAUAGACGAAGGCGAUAAACUGACGUACAAGUUGCUGAACUAUCUACUUUUGUUUGAGAUCGAUUCAUCUUCGGGGGAAGUUUCGAGAAAAAGUCGACUACAAGGUGAUCGUCGCUUCAACGUCUCCAUAGCAGCAAUAGAUCAGGGAGGCCAUAGAGCAGAAACCUUUCUGCUGAUUACAACUAGCUCUGAUAAUGAACUUCAUCCAGUGUUCGAUCAAAUGAUGGAACCACUCAACAUCGCAUCCAGUACUAUGAUAGGCUCUACCAUCGGUAAAGUCCGUGCGGUUGCCGAUUCUCAUGUUAUUCAUUAUCACAUCGUGGACCACCGAUUCGACAUCGAUUCCUGGGGCAACGUAAUCCUUGUCGACCAAUUAACGCCUUCUGAAGUCUACGAUAUUGUUGUGACUGCAUCCACUCCUUUUCGGAAUGCGACACAUUUAUUAAAGGUGGUGAUCUCUCAAGAUUCGCCGACUGGAGAGACGGUUCAUCAGAUAGAAGAAAACACGGUUCCCGCAGUAGUGACUACACUAGACGAUGACUACCGCAUAUUGCUCUCGGUUCCGCAGACAAGUGCAUUUACGAUCAGAGACCGACAACUCGUCGCUACCUCACCUCUGGAUCGUGAAAACAUCGCCAAGUAUAGAAUUCUUGUAGGUAACAACAGCACAACACAUCUACUUACUGUGGAAGUACUUGAUGUGAAUGAUAAUGAUCCUAUCUGUGAUGUCACCACAUUUCUAGCAGGUUCACCUCCAUUUUCCACCAAAUUACUCUGUACAGACCCUGACACCGGAGAUAGCUCGGCCUUAUUCUACCACACGACGUCAUCAAGAGCAACAAUCACCAGUGACGGGAUUCUUACCGUACCCUACUUCGAUGGACUAGUCACUCCGAUAUUUGUGGAAGUAUCUGAUGGAAAAAACGAAACCACCAAACGAACGAAGACUGUUUUGAUUCACGUGAUCCGUGAAACUAUCAAAGAUCCCGGAAUUUCCUUCCCAUCCAAGGAAAUUUCCAUGUUAAUGACGUCGUCGCAACCCGUAGGGACGAAAUUAGGUCGGAUAACAGCUGAGUCAGGACUGCCGUUGAAGUACUAUGUCACUGGUUCGAACCUGAUAAAGGUGAACGAGGACACAGGUGUUAUUUCUACCAAACGCCCGGCCAAAACAGACGAAACGGCAACCAUUGUCGCCGUGUCGUCAAGAGGUGUGGCUACCGUAAAGUUGCAUAUCGAACUAAUCGAAGAGCAACUUACUCUACCAAGAAGUUCGUUUCUAUUCACUCCACAGUCGAUCUCUGCUGGGCGGUUAAUCGGACCGAUCAACGUUGGUCGCGAUGAUGUCACCGUGGAUCUCUCGGAUCCUUAUUUAUACGUCCGUGAAAACGAGCUAUUUCUCAAGAAGACGCUGGAAAUCAAUAAUGGUCAUUUCUAUAACUGCUCAGCUCAUGUGUGGAAAGGACGGCUUUCAACUAAUAUUGAGAUCUAUGUUCUCCCGCUUGGAAUCGGAGACAUCGCCCCGAUAGAAGGACCGAUAGAAUACUGGAUACGUGAGAAUGCACAGUACGGCAGCGUGGUGGGACGAAUCCCAGUUCAUCCUGGCGGAAACGCGCCUUUGACGUACUCUAUCAUUGGAAGUGUCGGAUUAUCGAUUGAUCAGAAAACUGGUAUCCUGAAGACUGAUACUCAGUUCGACCAUGAAACGCAGCAAAUCUACAAUUUCAAACUGAGAUCCACUUAUGCUUCGGGAGAGUUUAUCGAUAAAGAUGCGAUCUUAUUGAUUGAUGACGAGAACGACAACAUCCCAGAGUUUGAGCACAAGACUUACAGUGUAGAGAUCGGAGAGGACAUGGCGAUUGGAGCCGAGAUUCUGCGACUGAAAUGGUCAGAUGCGGAUUUCAAUAACGCUUUUCACCUCAGUAUAGUAAAAGGGAACGAAUUUGGCCAGUUCGAUGUGGACCAUGAAGGAAGGAUUACGAUCGUUAGUCCUCUGGACCGGGAACAGUUGUCCGUACAUCGACUUGUUGUUCGCCUAAGCGAUGGAGCAGCUCCUUAUCCUCAUCAUACAACGGACUGCACGGUUACCGUAACCCUCUUGGAUGUUAACGACAAUGCACCUGUGUUUGUGUCUGCACCGGAAUUUCAGAUAGAAGAGAACAGCCAUCGAAUGAAAGUAAUUGGAAAAGUCAAGGCUGUCGACCUGGAUGAAGGGCGCAACGCCAUGGUGUCCUACCGUAUUCUGCCGGAAUCUUUGCCUUGGGCUGAGUUUGUUGUAGAUGCUGUUCACGGCGAUAUCAUGGUGAACAAACAAUUGGACUACGAAGAGAAGCAGAAUUACACGUUUACAGUGAUCGCAAUGGAUUAUGGGAUAUAUCAGUUGCAAUCUGAACAACAGAUUACAGUAUAUGUCAUGGAUGUUAACGAUAAUGCUCCGAUAAUUCAAUCAAGGGGCACAAUAGUCAAUAUUGAUGAGGUUGCACCCUGUGGUUCAAUCAUUGCAAGUUUUGAUGUGGUGGAUAAAGACUUGAUAGAAAAUUCUGCUUCUGUCUUCGAAAUUGAAGUGGGGCACGGCCUUUUCGAUGUGUCACCAAUCAGUGGGCAACUAUUCCUGACCACGCCAUUGGACUUUGAAAAACAGUCUGAGUACAAUGUAACUGUGUCGGCAAGAAACAUAGCGGGCGGUAUGAAGAGUUACAAAUCGAUAACGGUGCGUGUGAAUGACAACAACGAUGAGGUGCCAAAAUUUGUGCACGGGUCCCCAGUCCAAUUCUCUGUGUUCGAGAAUCUACCUGGUCCAUAUCCUGCUGUGAUUGGAAGCACGAUAUCAGAGGAUCUCGACGAUGGCGAGAAUGGACUCGUCGCUUACAGUAUUUUUCGGGGAAACACUAGUUUGUUUUCGAUAAACUCGGCAACAGGCGAACUUCUUCUACUAACUCCUUUAGAUCGUGAAGAUCAAAAUGAACACAUCCUUACAGUCCAAGCAAUUGAUUCUGGAUCACCCAGGCUUUCGGCUACCAGCGAAAUUAAGAUUACGGUACUUGACGAAAACGACAACGCACCAGAAUUUGAUCAACCAUAUUACCGCGUGCAUGUUCGAGAGAAUAGCAGGAUUGGGGAUUCAGUCCUUCAAGUCAAAACUACAGAUAGAGAUGAGGGUCUGAAUGGUUUGAUACGGUACACUCUUCUGGGGGAGAGUCCUUUUUCAAUUAAUGGGACCACUGGGAUUGUCCAUGUGACUGGAGUGGUUGAUCGCGAGACGGUCAGCGAGUACCAACUCAGAAUAAAAGCAACCGAUUCUGGAAGAUACAAGCAAAUGUUAUCGAUCGCCAAUCUGACAAUCGUUGUCGACGAUGAAAACGAUAACAAUCCAGUGAUAAGGAAUAAGAUCCUUGAUAUUUUUGUGCCGAAUAAUUUGAAAAUAGGUGAUGUGGUGCACGUCGUGGAUGCCAUGGAUAGCGACGAAAAAUCCAUCCUCUUCUACAAUAUCUCAGGACCAGAUUCACGAUACUUCGUUAUAAACGAACGCGGAGAAAUUUUUACGAAGGCUUCGCUCGAAUUCAAAGCAUACUACUCGAUUACGGUAGCGGUUUUCGACAUGGGCGGUCUUAACACUAGCGCCAGUUUCACCUUUUAUGUGGAUGACUAUAAUAAAUUUCCCAGAUUUACUGCCGCACUGAAAAACACAUCAGUGAGCGAAAAUUGGUUAGGCGAUCUGUUCUCCUUCCAAGCGGAGUCACCGCGAAAGAGUUACAACAUUAGCUAUUCAAUUUUGAGCGGCAAUGAUGGUUCCUUUGGUAUCGAUCCGAUCACCGGUUUGCUAUCGACCAGUGGCGAACUGGAUCGUGAACGUCGAUCAGUUUAUCGAUUGUGGAUCAGUGCUGCUGAUACAGAUACACCACCAAAGUCAUCGAUCACAUUGAUCGAUAUCAUAGUGAAGGAUGAAAAUGACAACAGCCCCGUAUUUGAAAAGGUGGUGUACACAACGGAAGUCGUGGAGAACUCCGAUCCGCAACAACUCCUCUGCGUCUCCGCCUCCGAUAGUGACACGAAUGAGAAUGCUGUUAUCUCGUAUUCGAUCGCUAAGGGAAACUCUACGGGAACCUUCGAUAUCGACUCAUCUACAGGUUGCAUACGUACAGUACACCAUCUAGAUCGUGAGCUGAUAUCAGACUAUCGAUUAGUUGUGUUGGCAACAGAUCAUGGUGUACCACCGUUAAGAGCGGAGGCUAUAAUUAAUAUCAAAGUUUUGGAUGAAGAUGACAACGCGCCAAGAUUUUCACAUUUGUUUCACGCUGAAGUGAAAGAGGACAUAGAACAGUCAUCGUACAGACUUCGUGUUCGAGUCAGCGACGGGAUGUGGGAGGUGCAAACCGGAGCUGCUAUAAACGUGUUAGACAUCAAUGACAAUGCACCAAUUUUCGACAAAAAUCGAUAUGUAUUUGUUGUAAAUGAAUCACAGAUAAACCAACCAAUUGGGAAAAUCAGUGCAUCAGAUGCUGAUGAAGGUGCCAAUGGUGCUGUGCACUAUCGUUUCCACCAAGAUGUACGCUAUUUAUCCAUUGACGUCCUCAGUGGUGAUCUCUUGCUGCUAAAAGUGCCUGAGAAAGGAGUGACUACGGUGACAGCAAUUGCCCAGGACAAUGGGAUAAAGGCAAUGUCAUCAUCCGCGCUGGUUACCGUGGUACUCCCUUUGAAACGCGACAAACCUUGCGAUAUUGCACUAAACAAAGCCACCGCUAAAGGCAUUCGCCUUGGCAGGUUGGAGGAAUACUGUAGUGACCUCACCGAUAAGCAAGGUUCUUCUGUUGCGAGACAGUUUUUGGCAGACGACUCGCACGUCGUAGUUGAUAACGAUGGGAACAUCAUAGUGGCCGAUGAUAUUCCAAAAGUUGGCGAUGAAAUCACCACUGAGUUAAUUAGUGAACUGGAAAGUGGGGCAGCUAUGAUUCGUCAGUUAAAGUUGGAACUGAGCCAAGGCAACCAUCACUCGCCGCAACUCAAAGAGAAAGUAUUUCACUUUACUGUUCCCGAGGAUCUUGCAGAAGGUGAUUUAGUUGGAGUGAUUGCCGCCGACGACGUUGACGUGGGUCUCGCAGGGAGGAUCUGGUAUCGCAUCCUGCCGGGAAAUGACUUCCCUUUGCGAAUGUAUCCAAAUGGAACGAUUGUAGUGAACGGAACGUUUGACUACGAGUCGCAGAAGAGAUACGUGUUUAAUGUGUCCGCUAUCGAUCGAGGUCAACCGUCAAGAAAUGCCAGCGCACAAGUGGUGGUUGAUCUACUGGACGUUAACGAUAAUCCGCCAAUGCUUCAAGUCAAUGAACUAGUUUACGCAAUCACCUCUUUCCAUGAUGUCAUCUGUCCUCCUGUCCUUGACGUCGACACACCUACAGAAGAUUUACAAUUCUUCAUUAACACGGCUGGUGUCACUACCGCAGGCGUUCACGGAUGCAUGAAGUUUAAUAAUACCUUGCCUUCUGUGGUCAACUGGAUCGUUUCCGAUGACAAUCAAUCGAUAAUUGUAAAGGCGAAGCUAGUAGAUAUGAUUCCCAAACAACCGGACAUUUCGGACGAAAAUGUUAGAGUUAGCGAAAACGCUGUGGAUAGCACUAUACUUGCUUCCUACGGUGUCGCAGUGUUUGUUAACCAGAACGAUCAACUGUCCGUAGAGUCAAACGAAGUUCGGGUAAAGGGUGGACGUAGAGUGCACAAUGAUCAACUGAAAGUAUACGCGAAGUCAAAGUUUGGACGAGUUUUUCGAAGUUCCACCUUAACGAUGACUUCGACGCGAAUCGCCCCGCCACCUAUCUUCCCUAAGGAUUCCUAUCAUUUCAAUGUCAGCGACAAAACACCGCCAGAUACAGUAGUCCACGAUUUUGGAAUGACAGUUCCUGCUGAUUGCCGCCUGGAAGCCGUAUUGGGUAAUAAACAAAAGACAUUCUGUUUGUUUCCAAGCGGUUUGUUCUCGGUUUGUGGACAAUUGAGGAAACAAACCUACAACAUCCUUGCAGAGGUGAUCUGUGGGAACAGAACAUUUUCGCAUAGCGAGGUAGUGGUUACUGUACUCCCAGCGGUUGUCGAGAACAUCAUCCUGGUUGGAUUUGUUCGCGAGAAUUCCCCAACCGCUGUGAUUGGUCAAAUUCCAGCUGAUCAAGGAGAGAAAUUCUCUUAUAUCAUAGGAGAAAAGCGACUAAGAGAGAUAUUUUCCGUGUCAACUGAUGGAGUUCUUACGUCAUUGAGACCACUAAAAAGAUCACAGCGUAGUAUCUACAGUAUUCCGAUCAGAGCUCACUCCUCCACGGGGCAACAUUCUACGAGAAGAUUCAUUGUGUUUGUUGACAAAGACAGUGAGAAUGCGACAAUAGUCCCAAAGAUCAAUGCAACUGUUUUGUUAGCGGAUACAGCGAGUGAAUUUCAUCUCAACGACGUACUUCUUCGAGAAAAGCCGAUUUGCAGACCUGACAAUAAUGAGCGAUACGAGGUCUCUACAAAAUGUCACUUCACGAUUGAGCAACCGAUCGAUGGCGACGUUCUCAAUGCAUCAAUUGGCGAUAAAACGGUGAAACUUGUUCUACAUGCUCGACGACUUCGUGCGGAACUCGAGAAGUCGAUGCUUCAACUCGUCCUCUAUGCAUCACCCGGCGGAAUUGCUGCGUUUCUCACGGAAAUGAAGCGAACCUACGCUGACUUAGAUUUUUACCCCAUCGCGGUGGACGUGAGCGCUCAUCGUUACACGCUUUUGUUGGCAAUCAUUGAUCGCAAUCGAAAAGUGAUCGCCGCGAAUGAUUCACGGGACAUCAUCCGAAUGCUCUUCCAGAAGUAUGAGUUCCCCCACGUGCUUCUUGAAUCAGCGGAGACAAACUUGUGUGCCAACAAGAUUUGCGAAAACGGAGGUGAAUGUCGCCAGCAAGUGUUGUGGAAGAAGCAAAGUUGGACAUUUUUCGAAACAGAUUCGAUUUGGACAAUUCCUGAUGGAAUUGUUCUCCCCAGAUGCGACUGCACCGCCGGCUUUACUGGUGACACCUGUGAGGAGGAGAAAUACUGCGACAAAACCACGUGUUCAGAUGGAAUGUGCACAGAAAACGGAGACUGUGUGCGAGAUUGUGAGAAGACUUGCAAGCAAGGCAUCUGCAGAGCUGGAAUUUGUGAGUGCAGGACAGGUUUUGCUGGUGCUGACUGUUCCAUGAUAGUGUUCGGCAAGGCCACAGAAAGGAAGUACAAGAAAGUCAAGGAGAACGCAAAGAAGCAGACAAAAACACGGAAAUCUUCAUGCUCUGAUCUGAGCUGUGGCGAUGGCGUUUGUCAUCUGGAACAUGGUCGUCCGAGUUGCCAUUGUGCGGGUGGAUUCGAGGCACAGGAUUGUUCUUAUGGUUCACAUGUCGCCUCAAUGCAUAAGGGUUUCAUCACUCUUACACCAACCGACCAAUUGCAAAUAGAGCUGGCGUUGAAUUAUUCCCCGCUAGCCAACCAGGAAUUUUGCAACGGUAGUCAAUCAAUAUCGAUUGAAUUUCGGACGCGCAAAUCGCAUGGGACCAUUCUGGCUCUCUCCUAUGAGGCAGAGUUUGCUGUCAUCGAGCUCCAUUCUUCUCAUGUUCGCUACCGUGUUUUCGACAGUUACCGUACUCCCAUCGAAAUCACUCUCGGCGGCCAAAACAUGGACGACGGUAACUGGCACGAGGUUGUGCUUGAGCUUAGCGAGGAUCGUAAAACGAUCACCUUCAAAGUAGACGGAAUCGGUAAGCAAGCAGUGUCUCGUAUGGUGCUUCCAACAAUUCUAUCGUCUGAUUUGAAACGCGUCCAGCUUGGUGUCAACGCACUAAGAGGACAAUUCUCUGGUUGCCUGCGUCGAUUUGUUAUCAAUGGCCAUUUACAACCGAUAAAUAGUGAAGAGACGCUAUCCGAAGAGUACUUCACUCGAACAUUGAGCGGUGACGUUAGCUCCGAGUGUCAUAUGGGCUCAACCCAAGUUGCACUGUUCCAAAAACCUGGGGUCAUCGCGUCAGUUCUAUGCGUGGGCGUACUAGCAGCUGCGGUUCUUGUCGUCUUUACGAUUGCACGUUUAACGAAGCGGCGACAUGCAUCAAAAGAAAGCACUUGGCAACGCACACAGGAAAUCGAUGCCUACGCAAUGCACAAGCCACAGAUUACAAAUAGUCAUGGCCAUAUUAAUCAGGCAAUGACCACAUCCGUUGAGGGUUCGAUUUAUGCGUCCGCGGAUGGUUAUGAGACACCUAUUCAUCAUCAUAACCGUCAUCGCGAGUCAAAACCGAGCUCGAAGUCUAGUCGUACAGUAGGAGAUGUUGUGCUAGCGGUGAGAAGCAAUCCAGCGCACGCCGACCAGUAUUGCACUUCGUCGAGAAGCAACAACGCGGAAUCGGAACCGCAGCGCCGACAAUCACAGAGGAUGUAUAGAAGCGUAGCUUAUUUUUGA